UGCGCCCACAGGGAUGCGCCGUUGUUGAAUUCAAGAUGGAGGAGAGCAUGAAAAAGGCUGUGGAAGUCCUCAACAAGCACAGCCUCAGUGGGAGGCCCCUGAAGGUAAAGGAGGAUCCUGAUGGCGAGCAUGUCCAAAGAGCUGUGCAGAAGGCCAUGGCAGCAUCAGGUGGCGGGAUGGGGAUUGGACCUGGCCCCGGCGGUCCCGGAAUGAUCAACAUCCCUCCCAGCAUCCUCAACAACCCCAACAUUCCCAAUGAGAUCAUCCAUGCCCUGCAGGCUGGCAGGCUUGGAAGCACAGUCUUUGUGGCUAAUCUGGAUUACAAAGUCGGUUGGAAGAAGCUGAAGGAGGUGUUCAGCAUGGCUGGCGUAGUUGUCCGUGCAGACAUCCUCGAAGACAAAGAUGGCAAAAGCCGGGGGAUUGGCACUGUGACUUUUGAGCAAGCCAUUGAAGCCGUGCAGGCCAUCUCCAUGUUCAAUGGGCAGCUGCUAUUUGAUAGACCAAUGCACGUGAAGAUGGACGAACGAGCCUUGCCGAAAGGAGACUUCUUCCCUCCUGAGCGGCCCCAGCAGCUUCCACAUGGACUUGGGGGCAUUGGCAUGGGGCUGGGACCAGGAGGGCUCCCUAUUGAUGCGAACCAUUUGAACAAGGGCUUGGGGAUGGGCAACCUGGGACCUGGAGGAAUGGGCAUUGAAGGCUUGGGCUUUGGAAUGAACAAAAUGGGAGGAAUGGAAGGCCCUUUCAGUGGCAUGGAGAGCUUGGGCCGUUUUCCUUCUGGAAUGAACCUUGGCAGGAUGAGUGAGAUGGACCGUGCAAUUGGAGGUGGAUUUGAAAGAGACUUCCCAAGAAAUGAGAUGGGAAUGCCCCGUAGCUUUGGAGACACCCUAGACAGAGGAAUAGGUGGCGGCGGAGGUGCCAGCAUCCCUACAAUUGAUAGGAUGGCCCCUGGGCUUGACCCCAUGGCCACCAGGAUUGAUAGGCUCCCCUCGGGGAUGGGACAUGGGAUAGAGAGAGUAGGAUCAGAGAUUGAUAGAAUGGGGCUGGUGCUGGACCGUAUGGGCUCCGGUGUGGAUAGGAUGGGAUCGGGCAUUGACCGGAUGGCGCCCCUUGGCAUAGAUCACUUGGCAUCCAGCAUUGACCGGAUGGGCUCCGGGAUAGACCGGAUGGGGACAGGGAUAGACCGGAUGAGCACCGGACUCGGUUUUGGCAUUGACCGCAUGGGCUCGGCUAUCGACCGUGUUGGGACCACCAUAGACAGGAUGGGCACUGGCGUGGACAGGAUGGGCACCGGCAUGGACCGGAUGGGGCUGGGCAUGGACCGCAUGGUACCCACAGGCAUGGGUCCAGUGAUGGAUCGGAUGCCAGCAGGGCUAGACCGCAUUGGGGCCGCCCCCAUUGACAGGAUGGGGCUGGACCGCAUAGCAGCCAGUAACAUGGACCGCAUGGGGCUGGAGCGGAUGGGGGCUGCGGCAACUAGCAUGGACAGGAUGGGGCCAGCCAUGGGGCAGGGCAUGGGGGCAGGGCUAGACAGGAUGGGGCUUGCCAUGGGUAGCACGUUUGAGAGAACCAUGGAUAUGGACCGGGGGAACUUCGCUGCUGGGAGCUUCACUGGUGCCCUUGGAAGUGGAGGAGCUGCUGCCGCCGCUGCUGGUGUAGCCCGGAAAGCCUGCCAGAUUUUUGUGAGAAAUCUUCCUUUUGACUUCACAUGGAAAAUGCUUAAAGACAAGUUCAAUGAGUGUGGUCACGUCCUGUAUGCAGACAUCAAGAUGGAGAAUGGGAAGUCCAAAGGGUGUGGUGUGGUUCGUUUUGAGUCCCCUGAAAUUGCAGAGAGAGCCUGUCGUAUGAUGAACGGCAUCCAGCUCCGUGGCAGAGAGAUUGAUGUGCGAAUCGAUAGAAAUGCUUAAACUUGCCUUUUUAAAUGCAGAGAGAGAGAGAGCUUGGGGUUUGUACUUCUUUCUUGUUAUGAACUUUUUUUAUUUGCCAGGAUGUAAAGAUGGUGAGACAACUCAGUUGCUUUUCUUGGAGUAAUUUUAAUUCUUUUUUUAAUAAGAUUUUUCCAUUUUACUGUGUCUCUUUUGCAUUGAAACUGUUUGUGCACAAUCCCAGUUCUUUGUAGUGGCGUCAUCUUGAAUUUAAAGAUGUGUAAAGUAUUGUCUUUGAUAAAUGCCAGUGACUGACUAGUGACUUUCAACCACCUUCUACUUGCUUCUUUCUGGUCAGAAAACCUCUUGGAAAAAUCCUCCUGAAGAGAGCUGAUUAUUGUCUCUGUUCUCCUGUUGAAAAUAGUUCCUCUGGAAACUUCUAGGAGUGUCUGAAUGGAAGUGUUUUGGGAUGUAUGGUAACAACCAAAACCAUGUGUCUAGUAUGAGAUGCGUCAAUAUUAAAAAAACAUUUUCUUGUG